GAGGUAAGCGCAGUCUUCAUUCUGCUCCAGCGUCGAAGACGUCUGUUCCGCAGGCGCGUGUAAACGAAUCCGAUAGAAAGAGACGCGGUCCGUCGACGUCGGUCGUUACGGUUGUCGGUGAUUCGUUUCUAUAAUUCCUCGGAAGGUUUCGGAGGCGAUACCGAUUCGGUACACCGGGGACUCGAAGACCCGGUGGAACAAAAAAGGAUGCGGUGAUAAGGCUCACCUUCCGGUCAGUUCCGGUCGAAUCCGUACUCACAUACCACAACCACCCCGAAAGGACGUCGAAGAGGCGAAGGAAGAUCGCCACCAUGCUCGUACCACCGGAUAUGCUGGCCGCCCAGUCGAAGAUGGUGUACCAGAUAAAUAAAUAUUUCGGGGAAAGAGUGAUGACGCGUAAAAGUCAGGUGACCAAAACGAUCCAGGAAGUGUGCAGGGUGGUGCAGGACGUCCUCAAGGAGGUCGAGGUCCAAGAGCCAAGGUUUAUAUCGUCCCUAACGGAUUACAACGGUCGAUUCGACGGACUCGACGUUAUUUCACCGACGGAAUUCGAGAUCGUUAUCUACCUGAACCAGAUGGGUGUCCUUAAUUUCGUCGACGACGGGACUCUCCCCGGAUGCGCCGUCCUCAAGUUGAGCGACGGUCGCAAGAGGUCGAUGUCUCUGUGGGUCGAGUUCAUCACGGCUUCCGGCUACCUAUCGGCGAGGAAGAUCCGCUCCCGUUUUCAAACUCUGGUCGCCCAGGCGUGCGACAAAUGCGCGUACAGGGACUCGGUGAAGAUGAUCGCGGACACGACGGAGGUGAAACUUCGGAUCAGGGAGAGAUACGUCGUGCAAAUAACACCGGCGUUCAAAUGCGCCGGUCUUUGGCCGAGAUCGGCGUCGCACUGGCCGAUACCUCACAUUCCCUGGCCUCAUCCGAACAUCGUUGCCGAGGUGAAAGCGGAGGGUUUUGACAUGCUGUCGAAGGAGUGCAUCGGCCUCCAAGGGAAGCAAUCCGCCAUGGAAGGCGACGCCUGGGCGCUGUCGUUCAUCGAUGCCGAAAAUCGUCUGCUUCAAGGUGCGAGUCGAAGACGGUGUCUGAGUAUCUUGAAGACCUUGAGAGACCGGCAUCUCGAUCUUCCGGGGAAUCCGGUGACGAGUUAUCACAUGAAGACUCUACUUUUGUACGAGUGCGAGAAACACCCUCACGAGGCCGAGUGGGACGAGGCUUGUCUCGGGGAUAGAAUCAACGGGAUAUUCCUUCAGCUCAUAUCGUGCCUCCAGUGCCGACGGUGUCCGCAUUAUUUUUUACCCAACUUGGAUCUGUUCAAGGGAAAAUCGCCGAGCGGUUUGGAAAACGCUGCCAAACAAGUAUGGAGGCUGACCAGAGAGUUACUCACGAAUAGCCGCGCCCUAGAAAAGCUGUAGUUCGAAUUCUCUGACGGUUGAUUAACGGAGAUUGUGUUGAAACAGUGCGUGAAAUCGCAUCGUUGGGAACCAGGCAAUAUUAUGUGAUUAUUGUGUGUCCGUGUAUGACAUUUUGUGCCAUAAAAAUAUCGUGUAAAUGAUAGUUUAGAAUUUUCUAAUCACUUUUUCCUUCGACAUCGUUGAAAUUACGAAUUGACGCGAUUACGUGUAAACGAUGAUCGAUGCUACCGUUGAAUCGGUAUAGUGAGUGAAAAACAGAAGCAGUAUGAAUAAGUAAUAGCGGAACUGUAGUAACUGUAUGAUAAUUAUUAAUAGUAAUAAUUCGUAUGCAUCGGCAGUAGGUAUACGAAUGAAUUGUUACAUACGUAAAAUUGUAAUACCUACACCGAAUCUACAACGCGUAUCUAUUUGUAUAUAUUACAUAUAAAGAUAUUUAUUGAUCUGUAAAACAAUAUCCGAAAUAUAGUACUAUUUAUAUUAAAAACUA